AUGGAAAAUAAAAAUAUGAUUUUAUUAAUCUUAACCUAUCUUGAAUUAGAUGAUUUAGCAAGAUGUGAACUUGUUUGUCAUAGAUGGCAUUAUUUUAUUAAUUAAGACAGUAUAUAAACUAGAAAAAUCUUUAGUAAAUUUACUUAUAAUAGCCUUUAAUAAUUUAAGUGGCAUACAAAGAAGAUCUAAUAAUUAUAAAUAAAGGACUUAAUAUUCUAUGAAGAAGAAUUUAAAGUAGAUAAAAAUGAUAUCAUUUUUACUAUUUCAUAACUUGUAUUAGAAUCACUUACAAUCAAACUAAAUUAAUUGAAUAUAUUUGAUUAGUUAUUAAUCAAUCAAAAAUAACUUAGAAAAUUAGAAAUACUAAUGCCUAUUACAAAUAAGGAAUUUUAAUUACUAACAUAAUUACCUCAUUUAGAAGAAAUACAUUUAAGAGUUCAAAAAAAAACAGAUGAAAAUCUUAAAGUUAGUCAAUUACGUAAUCUUAGAGCUAUAUCACUCUAAUUAUAAGGAAUAUAAUAUUAAGAAGUUCUUUAAUUGAUUUAAAAUUGUUAUAAAACAUUGACUGAAUUAGAAAUAGAUGCUGAUGAAUACAAUCAUGAUUAAAUGCUCUAAAUUGUUGAUUGUUUAAAUAAGGAUAAAAUAUAGAAAUUGUAUAUUUAUUACUUUAAUGAUUACUCUAAUGAGAUCAUACUCAAACUAAGUUAAUUUAAUAAAUUGAAUAAGUAAUUUAGAUUUCUUAACUAAUAGGUUAUCUAUUUUUAAAGCUUAAGAUAUUGAUUAGGAUUAUAUGUACUAAUUAUUCUAUAAUAAAUAAUUUUAAGAAAUCAAUUUAAAUUAAUGUGAUGGUAUUACCAACAAAGUUUUAUAUUAAAUAGCUUAGAAUUGUUAAUAACUUAAAUAUAUUAAUUUAUCAUGGAACUUUCAUAUAAGUGAUUAAUGUGUAUCAUUAAUAUUAGAGAAUUCUAAAUAAUUAGAAGAAGUAUAUUUAAUUGGAUGUAAAUAAUUAACAUUUGAUUGUAUACCUUAAAAUUUGAAUGGUUUAUUUCAAAAAUUAAGAAUGUUAAAUUUUGAAUCAUGCAAUAAUAUGAAUGACGAUAAGUUGAUGAAACUUAAAAAUUAAUUUAAGUAUAUCAAGAUUAUUAAUUAUUAUGGAGAUGAGAUUGAUAAAUUUUGA